AUGGCUGAUAUCAAAGAGAAAAAUAAUCAGAGUUCAUUCUUCCAAAAGUUUGUUCUCAACAUGGGAAAGACAUACAAGUUUCUUAAAUCUGAUGACCCAGAACAGCUUCCUGAACCUGUUGAGAGGAAACAACAGCUUUCUGCAGAGAGGGUUCUCAGUAUUCUUAAGAAAUCUUAUUCUGUUCUCUCUCUCGGUGAAAGAAGUAAAUGGAAGAGGUUGCUUCAUGCAUAUUGCCUUUCACUAUAUAGUAUUGAUCUUAUAUGGAGUCCUACAUUGGGCACUUGUCCAGAUCAGUUUAUCGUGUCUUACAGUUAUGCGUUGAAUCAUAUUAGACAAAUUGCAAAAGAAACCAGUGAUGAAAUUGCUUAUGGUGGUGUAAGACAACCUGCUGUAUUGAGGACAUUUAGCCAGCGAUUGAGCAAGGGUUUCAAUGAUGCUGUGAGUGGGUUUACGGAUGAUGGUUGGUCAUUAUUGGGCAGUGAUGGCGUUGAGGAUGUGACAAUUAUGAUAAACUCAUCACCAAAUAAGCUUUUUGGAUCUCAUGCCAACUCUUCCAUAUUUUCUCCCAUUGGUGGGGGCAUCUUAUGUGCAAAGGCCUCUAUGCUACUGCAGAAUGUGCCACCAGCUUUGCUUGUUCGGAAAGCCACCGGCUGUAGAGGGAUCCUUUGUCAUGGCUUGGUGAGAUUGCUUGGUUUAUUUCUCAUGAAGAUGGUAGAGCUAUUAAAAAGAUCUUGUGUGCUGCCUUUGCUGCUUCUUUGUAUCAUAUUUGGAGAGAACGAAAUGCUAGGAGAUUUUAGUCUUGUAUUAGCAGGGUUAAUGUCAUUGUGAAGAGGAUUAAGGUUGAUAUUAUAGCUAGAAUGUUACAUAGUAAUC